AUGACAAAAUUGGUGCAAUUGCUUCUUCGCAGCAACAAUUUUUUUGGUGAAAUUCCAUCUUCAAUUGUGAAUUUGAAGGAAUUGAGAACACUAGACUUGGGGUACAAUUUACUGUCAAUGGAGGUUCCUACUCAUAUUGGUAAUCUAUCCCGCUUAACCGCUUUGGACUUGAGCAACAACAAGCUAACAAGUCGAAUCUCAUCCUCCAUAGAAAACUUGUCUUCAAUUCUGAAUUUGAAGGAAUUGAAAACAUUGAACUUGAGGCAUAAUGUAUUGUCAAUGGAGAUUCCUAUUCAUAUUGGUGAUCUAUUUCACUUAACCACUUUGGACUUGAGCAACAACAAGUUGAUAGGUGGAAUCCCAUCAUCCAUACAGAAUUUGACAGAGUUGGAAACACUUGAAUUGGAAAACAACUUGCUCGAGGGAGAAAUUUGA